CACUCACUCACAUUUCACACUUCUCCUCCUUAUAUUUCUCUCUUUCUGCAUCAUAAUCUCAACGAAGAAGCGAAUAUGGCCACCAUCAAGGAAGUAAAAGCACGACAAAUCUUCGACAGCAGAGGCAACCCUACCGUCGAGGUGGAUAUUGCACUAUCAAAUGGUACAUGGCACCGAGCUGCUGUUCCCAGUGGGGCAUCCACUGGCAUCUAUGAAGCACUUGAACUAAGAGAUGGAGGCUCAGACUACCUUGGAAAAGGUGUUUCCAAGGCUGUUUCCAAUGUGAACACCAUUAUCGGCCCUGCUAUUGUAGGCAAGGAUCCAACUGAUCAAACUGGUAUUGACAACUACAUGGUUCAAGAACUUGAUGGAACUAAAAACGAGUGGGGUUGGUGCAAGCAAAAGCUUGGAGCAAAUGCCAUUCUAGCAGUGUCUCUUGCACUCUGCAAAGCAGGUGCUAGUGUCAAAAACAUUCCCCUUUACAAGCAUAUUGCAAACUUGGCUGGAAACAAGAAACUAGUUUUACCAGUACCUGCAUUCAAUGUCAUCAAUGGUGGAUCACAUGCUGGAAACAAGCUUGCUAUGCAGGAAUUCAUGAUUCUUCCAACUGGUGCUUCAAGUUUUAAGGAAGCCAUGAAAAUGGGUGUUGAAGUAUACCAUAACUUAAAGUCUGUUAUCAAGAAGAAAUAUGGUCAAGAUGCAACAAAUGUUGGUGAUGAAGGUGGAUUUGCCCCUAAUAUUCAAGAAAACAAGGAAGGACUCGAGUUGCUCAAAACAGCCAUUGGUCAAGCUGGUUACACUGGAAAAGUUGUGAUUGGAAUGGAUGUUGCUGCUUCUGAAUUCUAUGGAAAAGACAAAACUUAUGAUCUCAACUUCAAAGAAGAGAACAACAACGGGUCACAAAAGAUUUCAGGAGUACAACUGAAGGAUCUUUACAAAUCGUUUGUGAGUGAAUACCCAAUUGUCUCCAUUGAAGAUCCAUUUGAUCAAGAUGAUUGGGAGACAUAUGCCAAGAUGACUGCUGAAUGUGGUGACAAAGUACAGAUUGUUGGAGAUGAUCUUUUGGUCACUAACCCAACUAGAGUUAAGAAGGCAAUCAGUGAAAAGACAUGCAAUGCCCUUCUCCUGAAAGUGAACCAAAUUGGAUCAGUGACUGAGAGUAUUGAAGCUGUGAAAAUGUCAAAGCAGGCUGGUUGGGGUGUCAUGGCCAGUCAUCGCAGUGGGGAAACGGAAGAUACCUUUAUUGCUGACCUGUCGGUCGGUUUGUCAACGGGGCAAAUCAAGACUGGAGCACCUUGCAGAUCAGAGCGUCUCGCCAAGUACAAUCAGCUGCUGAGAAUUGAAGAGGAGCUGGGGUCAGAGGCGGUUUAUGCUGGAGCAAACUUCAGGAAGCCUGUUGAGCCGUAUUAGAUUGCGGUUGAAUUUGAAUGAAGGCCCAUCAUCUAAAUAAAAGAAAAGGAGGAGAAGAAGAAGAUGGGCAAAAUGGUCAUUUCUCUCUCUCUCUCUCUCUCUCUCUCUGAUAAUAAUGGGCAAUGGUUUUUGGUUAUAGGAGGCAAGAGUUAUUAGUUUGUACUUCGGAAUGGAUUUUGUUUUGUGAUUUGUGGUAGUUGAUGUUUUUGGCCUCCGUUUUUGUAAUGUUGCUUUACCAUUUUCG